UCUUUUCCGCUACUGGUCUACUGGCAUAUAUGCCAUCAAAAUAUAUAGAGGACGGUGGCUAGACUCAGCGCUCAAGUAAAACGGCAGAGAAUCGCGACUGCAUUAAUAUGGGCGGGAGCGAAGAGGAUUCCACAGCGCAGCGCGCAAAUACAGCGGAGGAAGCCGCGUCGACUGACGCGCCCCGCGCAGGAAUGAAGCGCGUGGCCUGCGACGAGGAGCAGGGGGGCGCUGCGGGCGUUAAGCAAGCACGCACAGUGGCGGAGGCGACAGAGCAAGCAGGCGACGCUGCUGGCGGCGCCCGCACUGCCCAGCCAAGCUCGGCGCCGGAGCCGGCGCCAGCCCCCGCCGCAACACACAACAACACCGACAAAACCAACAACCAGACGGAAGCGUCAGCAGCAGCAACGACGACACAAGCAACAGCAGCAGCACCAGAAGUAACAACGGCGUCAGCCGCUGAGCCGGCAGGGACGGCCGGCAACGACGCGGCCACGCCCCAGAUCCACCCUCCGGUCGAGCGGUCUGCCAGCCCCUCCGCACAGCCCCCCGCCGCCACUUCCCCCGGCCUCGGAGCCGCCACCACUGCUGCUGCCACCGCCACCGCCACUGCCGCCGGUGCUACUGCCGCCUCGUCGGCUGCUACGGCCACCGCCUCGGCGCUGGCUGCGGCCUACAGCGAGGACAAGGGGUGUCGUACAGCCAUGGAGGACGUGUGCGUGCUGCAGCUGGAUGCGCGGCCGCCGGGGGGGCCUGAGUGCAGGCUGGCCUUCUUCGGCGUGUUCGACGGCCACGGCGGGGUGGCGUGCGCGACAGCCGCCUCGCAGCAGCUGCACAGCCGAGUGCUGGAGGCUGGGCUGCUGGGCAAGGGGCUGCUGUGCCGGUAGCUGCUGGGUGGAGGCGGGCCGUGGUGGACUUGGGGACUC